UCCUCCAAUAGGCGUCCGGGGUUGGCUUUCCCACUGUCAUGGCGGCGCCCAUGACCCUUUGACAGCGCCCUGACAGAUUGGUUGGCGGAGGGAGCCCUGGGGUUGCUGCAGGCGGGCCGCACUCACACGUAGCGCCGACAUGGGCACCGUACAUGCCCGGAGUCUGGAUCCCCUUCCCAUGAACGGACCGGACUUCGGAUCCCACGAUGAUGCUGAUCUGGUGGAAGUGGAACCUCAGAAGAAACAGGAGAUACUAGAGAAUAAAGAUGUGGUGGUACAGCGAGUGCAUUUCGAGGGUCUCGGCAGGACGAAAGAUGAUCUCAUCGCGCAUGAAAUCGGCCAAGUAUUUAAGGCCAAAAACCUCAUUGAAGUUAUGAGAAAGUCUCAUGAGGCCCGAGAGAAACUGCUCCGUCUGGGGGUAUUUAGAAAUGUGGAAGUCUUGAUCGAUACCUGUGAAGGGGAAGAUGCUUUGCCCAAUGGACUGGAUGUGACGUUUGAGGUGACAGAGUUAAGGAGACUCACAGGCAGUUACAAUACUAUGGUUGGGAACAAUGAAGGCAGUAUGGUUCUUGGGCUGAAACUCCCCAACCUGUUCGGCCGCGCAGAGAAAAUGACCUUCCAAUUUUCCUACGGAACCAAGGAGACAUCCUACGGCCUGUCCUUCUUUAAACCCCAAGUCGGGAACUUUGAAAGAAACUUUUCUGUCAACUUGUACAAAGUAACCGGCCAGUUUCCAUGGAGCUCACUGCGCGAGACGGACCGGGGGGUAUCGGCCGAAAUCAAUUUCCCCAUCUGGAAAACCAGCCACACCCUGAAAUGGGAGGGAGUUUGGCGAGAGCUCGGCUGUUUGGCCAGAACCGCGUCCUUCGCCAUUCGAGAAGAGAGCGGCCACACCCUCAAGUCUUCAUUAUCACACACGAUGGUGAUCGAUUCUCGCAAUACGUCCAUCCUGCCGAAACGAGGCGCCUUAUUGAAAAUCAACCAGGAACUGGCCGGAUACACAGGGGGGGACGUCAGCUUUCUGAAGGAAGACUUUGAGUUGCAGCUGAACAAGCAGCUCGCCUGGGACUCCGUUCUCUCAACAUCUCUAUGGGGGGGAAUGCUGGUGCCCAUCGGAGACAAGCCGUCCAGUAUCGCAGACCGGUUUUAUCUGGGUGGACCCACAAGUGUGCGAGGAUUCAGCAUGUACAGCAUCGGCCCCCAGAGCGAAGGUGACUAUUUGGGCGGGGAAGCUUACUGGGCCGGGGGGAUGCACUUAUACACCCCUCUGCCCUUCCGACCGGGUCGCGGGGGAUUCGGGGACCUUUUCAGAACCCACUUCUUCCUCAACGCCGGGAACCUGUGCAACCUGAACUACGGUAACUGCGGCUUCUGUUCAUCUCGAUCCGACCGCGUCCGUAACGGAUUCAGCAUUUCUUUUAUUCCCACAGGGGAGGGCCCCAGGGCCCAUCUGCGCCGAUUGGCCGAAUGUAUCCGCUGGUCCUAUGGAGCGGGGAUAGUCCUGCGCCUGGGGAAUAUUGCACGACUGGAACUGAACUAUUGUAUCCCUAUGGGUGUCCAGAGCGGAGACAGAAUCUGCGACGGGGUGCAGUUCGGCGCGGGAAUCCGAUUCCUUUAAACCAACGAAUACGCCAGGGAUGAACCACAGCGCUACCAAAACACCGUUUUUAUUUCUUCCAAAUGAUCUUUGUGUAAUUAAACUGCACUCGGUCUCACAGGCACCGGAAUAAAAUGUUUUGUUGUAUUGUU